GCGGGAGGGGGAGGGGUUUUCUCGGCGCUCGAGCGAGUAGGCGACGGGGAAACUGUCGCCGGGGUUUGCUCACGGCUGCCUCAGCGUUGUCCGUCGGCUCCUCUUCCAUUAAAGCGAACCAUGCGACCUGAAUCCCGAUGUGAGGCGACCCUGGAAAGGACGAGCAACGUCGAAAGCCCCUGAAAGCGCGGCGGCUGCGGGACGGACGGACAGACGGAGGGAGAAAGGAAGGAAGGUUUUGGGGAAAGGUUCCCGGGUGGUCGCGGGGGCACAGAGAUUGGUUCCGCCCCCUCCUCGUCCCCCGGGACCAUGAAGAAGAGCCGGGAGGACGAAAUGAACGCGACACCCGAGGCGGCGAUGAACCCGCGGGGCACCACCGAGAGCCUGGCCGACCUCGACUCCGACGCCGGCCUUCGCGGCGAUGUCAGCUCCUUGGGUUCCGACUCCGAGGUCAAUGGCUUCGCCAACGGCGACCAGAAGAUCGACAAGUACGGCUUCGUGGGCGGCGCGCAGUACUCUGGCGAGCUGCAAUCUGAAAUACCACCUGAGGUACUUCGACAACGGGAAUCCAAAUGGCUGGACAUGUUGAACAACUGGGACAAAUGGAUGGCCAAAAAGCACAAGAAGGUGAGACUGCGAUGUCAGAAAGGAAUUCCACCUUCACUGCGUGGACGAGCUUGGCAGUAUUUGUCAGGGAGCAAAGUAAAAAUGGAACAUAAUCCAGGGAAGUUUGAUGAGAUGGACCAGUCACCGGGAGAUCCAACAUGGCUUGAUGUAAUAGAGAGGGACCUACAUCGCCAGUUUCCUUUUCAUGAGAUGUUUAUUGCCCGAGGAGGCCAUGGGCAACAAGAUCUAUAUAGAAUUCUAAAAGCGUACACGAUUUACAGACCGGAGGAGGGGUACUGUCAGGCACAGGCUCCAAUAGCUGCCGUUCUUCUAAUGCACAUGCCUGCUGAGCAAGCUUUUUGGUGCCUCGUUCAGAUCUGUGAGAAAUACCUUCCGGGAUAUUACAGUGCUGGAUUGGAAGCAGUUCAGUUGGAUGGGGAGAUCUUCUUUGCCUUGUUGCGCAAGGUUUCAACAGCAGCGUAUAAGCACCUUAACAAGCACAAAAUUGACCCCAUCCUCUACAUGACCGAGUGGUUCAUGUGUGCUUUUUCAAGAACUUUACCAUGGGUGUCGGUGCUGAGAAUUUGGGACUUGUUCUUUUAUGAAGGUGUAAAAGUGAUAUUUCGUGUUGGCCUCAUUCUGCUGAAGUACACUCUUGGCUCAUCAGACAAACUGAAGAAAUGUCAGGGCCAAUAUGAGACGAUGGAAAAGCUUCGUGGCAUUGAUCCCAGAUAUAUGCAAGAAGCUUUUCUUGUUCGAGAGGUAAUUGAGCUUCCUGUCACAGAAAGAGAGAUUGAAAAAGAACAUUUAAUUCAGUUAAAGAAGUGGAAGGAUACGCACGGUGACCUCAAGUACCAGCCUCCUCCAAGACUGCACGGUGCCAAAGCCAUCAAUGAGUCAGAGCCACAUUCUCACAAGGCCUUGGUGCAGAUGCCCUCCAUUGUGAUACAUUCGCCACCUGUCUCUCCCUCUUCAGAUUCCAGCAGCAAUUCAAAGAAGAAGGAUAAGAAAAGUUCGAAGAAGGAAAAGAAGAAACUGGAGAAAAAGGCAGGAAAAGUAGAACCGACGGCCAAUGGAUCGGCUCCCGAUGAGACCAAAAGAAUUUUGAAAGAUGAACAGUAUGCAACACAACCUGUGGAUAUUGCAGAGGAUAUAAAGCAAUCAAUGUUGAUAAAGGACACUCCACUCCAGCAGUCUGAACUGAGCCUUAGUUCAGAGGGAACAGAGCAGGACACAUACUUGUGAAGUGUAUCACUGGUAGCUAAAGAAAGCAUAAUUUGGCGUCAAAUCAUUCCAUAAAAUGGAUCUAUUGUUCUAGCAUGUUUAUACUCCAUAUCACCAACAAGGUGUAGUAACCCAUGUGACUUAACAGUGUAUUUAAAUAUAAGGAGUUUGCAAAAGAAAUCUUCAGUAUCAAAUUUAUAAAAUUUGAGUUCACUAGUCAAUACCAAGAACGUAAUUUAUCAGCUAGUGAUUUAGGAGUAAAUUGGUUAAUAAGUGGGUUUACUGUUCAACUCUUAAAACUCUAAGUGAAUAUUGUAAGCUGUCGGUUUUUUUUAGGGGAAAAUGUAAAUAGUUUAUAUUGUAUUAUUCAGUCUGCACAACUUGAGUGGAGAUUCUGCAGUAAAGAUUUCCUCUUGGAGUUCAUUCCAAGUUAAGAUGAAUUUAUAGGACUUUUUGCCUCGAUUUAUUAUUUGGUCAGAUCCUGUAUGGCAUCCAUUCCCAUUCUGAAAUAUCAAUGAUUUCCAUUAGCAAGGAAGAGACUUACUGAGCUUUUGUUCAGAGCAGCUUUGACACAAAGUGUUAAUUACAAUCAUUUUGAUUGAUUUAAGUGUAUGUGUCUAUGUAUGUAUGUGUUCAGGUGCAUGAACUGGGGGUGGGGGGGGAGGGGGGGAUGGAAAUAUGGGAGGAGAAAUGUACACUUUUCUGCUCAUCAAGUCAAAUUGGGUUUCUGACUGGUUUGAAGGAUGUGUUGCCCUAAUGUUGUGAUUAAAACGCUCAACAUCUAUAUUCACUUACUUGUAACAUUACUAAUGUACAGUUAAAAUAUUGAUGAACAAAGCUUGUGACUGAGUUUAAAAAAUGACACUUUAAUAAAUGUUUUCCAUAUAAUGUUGAGAAUGCCAUAUGUACAGCUCAGAGAAGGAUAAAUAACCACAAGACAUUACAGAAGCGAUAUAUUUUCUAAUUUAAUUUUCUAGCACUUUUUCCUUAAUUUCGAGGAAUGUAAAUUUCUGAAGCUGGCUUACAGGAAGUUUGAUAAACUGACCACAAACAACAGUAUGGAUGUUUGCUGCUCUUGAUAUAACCCAGCUUUUUAAAAUAAUAAUUACCAAUGCACAAUGGAUUUGAGGUUAUUGUUGAGGUAUUUAAGUUCUGAAGUAAACCUACUUGGAUUAAGCAAGUUUGUGUAGAAUAUAAGAGCAUAAUACUUUAUCAAGCCUAGUUUUGAAUGGCAUUUUAUUGCUCCACAUUCCUUGAGUUCAUUAAAAUCACCAUUUAUUGAUGUACAAACAUAAGGUUAAUUUAUCUGGCUUGGCAUUUAGUUGAUAUACUUUUCUGUAUUUGAAGACUGAUAAAUUAUGUGUCAAUUUGCUUUGUAACAUGCAACGGACCAAGAACAUAGUUGGACAUUAUAGACUGUUGUCUGAAUCAAGGCCAGUGUGAGCACCACAAGCUUAACAUAACUGGUUGCUGAGCUGACCUGCAAACUGUUACGUGUUAAUAAGUUAAUCUAAGCAACACAGCUUUAUUUUAUCGUGCUUAUACCAUGGAUUCAUAAUUAAAUCCAAUAAAAUAAUCUGGAAAGCA